AGAAAACAAAACCAUUUUCACGCUUGCAAAACGAUGGAAAGCACGAAGGAAAACACCCGCAUGGUGCUGGAACUUUUCAGCGGCAUAGGUGGAAUGCGGAUGGCGUUGGAAUAUGCCGGCAAACCGUUCACCAUCGUAUCUGCAAUCGACGUGAAUCCGAUUGCCAACUCAAUUUACAGCCACAACUUUAGCGACAAAACGGUACGCAACGGUAACAUACUAAGCCUUAGUGGGGAGAAAAUUACCAAACUACGGGUGGACACAAUUCUAAUGUCUCCACCAUGCCAACCAUUCACAAGGAAUGGAAAGUUCAACGACAUCAACGAUCGACGUACCGAUCCGUUUCGGCACAUUUGCGAUCUGCUCGACAAGAUACCGCUGGUAAACUUUAUUCUGAUGGAAAACGUGAAAGGAUUUGAAAAAUCACAAGCAUGCGAGCUGUAUAAAAUGCGCCUCGAAGAAGGUGGGUUUCAUUGGCAGGAGUACAUUUUAUCACCGCAUCAGUUUGGUGUACCCAACACUAGACAUCGGUACUAUUGCAUUGCGAAACGGAAAGGAAUGGAUUUUAAGCGUAAAAGUGAAGAAAUUAUUCUUCAACCGAAAGAACAACACACGACCAAUGAAACGAAUAUAGGAAUGAUCGUGGAAAAGAAUCUAGAAGAACUGGAACCGUAUGAAUUGAAAAGUGCAGCACUGUUAAAACACCUCCCACUGAUGGAUGUUUGCACGCCGGAAUCAUCCAAUUCGAUGUGUUUCACGAAAGCCUACACACAUUACGCGGAAGGUACCGGUUCCGUAUUCUGUCCACUUGCGAAGGAAGCAUUCGACAACAUUUACUCCCUUGCGAUGAAUACCACUGAUGAGGACCUGAAGCUAGCGCUGCUGCAGAAGCUGGGUGUGCGUUAUUUCACCCCGAAAGAGGUGGCUCGUUUAAUGAGUUUUCCCGAACAGUUUAGCUUUCCGGAGAGCGUUACCAAUAAGCAACGCUACCGAGUGUUGGGCAAUAGUAUUAACGUACUUGUGGUUGGUGUAUUGCUGCAGGAGUUGUAA